AUGGUCAGUGAUGUACCUUCGGUCUUAAAACUAGAAGUGCUUGUGUCGGCCGAUGAGGAUUUAAAACUGUCCGACACUCUUCGCUACUACACUGCAGACUCUGGCGCCGCCAAACAACUAUUAUACCGGCGUGCACGGGCUUUAGCAGAUUAUGAGAAUGCUAAUCGUACGCUGGACAAGGUGCGCAUAAGGGCCAAUGCUCAGGCUGCUGCUGCUGGUGGUGGUAGCGUCAGCAGUGGCGGCCAGAACGUUGCCAGUGCCGCAGCAGCUGCUGUAGCCGCCUCUAUGUCUUCGGCGACAGCUGGUUCGGCGGUUACAGCCAUAGCGACACUUGCCACUGCAGAGCAGUCUCAGAUUAAAGCCUACGAGAGAUUCAACGAUAUCUCAGAACAAGCCAGAAAAGGUGAGAUAAAAGGCUAUUUGAAGUAUGGUUUCUUCCCUAAAAAUUGGAACAUGGCAGCAAGGUACACUGACUAUUACAGGACUCGGCAAGGUCGAGAGUAUGAGUUUUCUUAA